CAGAAAUCCCAUUUCCACCGUGCAACUCCCAUUUCAGUGCACGACGGACAUCACGCUGCAUCUGGACCGUCAACGUUCCAUCGGGCGGCCGAUAACAACGAUACAACCCCAGCCCCCAGCGCAACAGCAUUCCCGCACGCGCACGGCCGCAGCCUUUCACUCCCAACCCUUGUCUCCAAUGGCGGCCACGGCCGCGGCGGCGACGCUGGCGGCGGCCACCUCCUCCCUCCUCCGGCGCUCCUCCUUGCUGCGGCCGCACGGGCUCCGGGUCUCCCGCGACUUCGCUCCCCGAAGAUUUGUGCGCCACAUUGCUUCAUCAACAAAUGAAGAGGCUGCUGCCAGAACAGCGGCAGCAACUGCUGAUACUGGAGGACCGACCAUUUUUGACAAGAUCAUAGCAAAGGAAAUCCCUUCAAGCAUUGUCUAUGAGGACGAGAAAGUCUUAGCAUUUAGAGAUAUCAAUCCGCAAGCUCCUGUGCAUGUUCUAGUCAUCCCGAAACUAAGAGAUGGGCUAACUGGACUUGAUAAGGCUGAACCAAGGCAUGCUGAAAUUCUGGGGCAGCUGCUUUACGCUGCGAAGGUAGUGGCCGAGAAGGAAGGCGUGGCAGAUGGAUUCCGGGUCGUCAUAAACAACGGAGCAGAAGGAUGUCAAUCAGUCUACCAUCUGCACGUACAUGUACUUGGUGGAAGGCAGAUGAAAUGGCCUCCUGGUUAAGUUUAAGAACAGUGUCUGCCUUUUUUCUGCUUCUGUAUGAUGGAUCAUACUAGACUGCUAUUGAGUUUCUACUACUUGCCACCUGCUUGUUAUUAAAAUGGUUUUGCAUAUAGGAGUAUAGUAGUACUGUCUA